CCCGGUGCGUGCGCCAAAGGAAGCGCAUCACCCCCUUGGACUUCCACUGGAGCGGUUCUCAAUUCAUCUCUCACGCGGUCAAGGUACUUUUCGCCUUCCAGCGGCUCUUUUGAUUGAGGCUGCUCUCGACGGCAGGUGACCUGGUCCUGGUUGGAGAGGAGGAGAACAAAUGGAAAGAGGAUGAGCGAGAUAGAGAGCAAGACCCAGGAGAUUCCUCAUGCACAAUGGAAGUCCUCAUUCUGCCAGGUUGUGAUUUGAAAGGAACAAAGGCAACGUAGCCUAAGAAGGCCGUAUUGUCUAUGUUUUGCCCUGUGUGGCCUCCCUCUAUUUAUCUCGGGCAGAGUCAUGGUCUUAAUCUGAAGACAAAAUAAAUCCCCUAAUCCCUCCCCCCCCCACAGCCGUCUGCCAUUGACAUCUAAUUCAUAAAAUCCCAUUGUCAUGGAGAAGACGUACUCCCUCACCGCGCACUAUGAUGAGUUCCAGGAAGUGAAAUACGGCGGCCGCUACAGCAGUGACAUUCUCAGUAAUGGUAUGACCCUUCACUUGGGUGGCAGUCUGGACCGUCACGUGGCACGCGGGCGGGGAGGCACCUGGUCAAAUGGUCGCAACAAAGAUGCAAGCAGCACGAGCAGUAGUGGCGGGCUCCCCCGGUGGAGCAGAAGGGAGAUUUGCCUCCUCUCUGCUUUUGUCUUCGCAGCGGGCAUGUGUGUCAUUUUGGGAAGUAUGCUAGCACUAAAGUACAUUUCCUUGGAUGCCCAGCAGGAUCCGCAGUGCAGGCAAGACUGCCAGCGGAGACGCCUGUUGUUGCGGGCCGCGCGCUUUGUGCAGGCCAAUAUUGACCCCACCAUCCAACCCUGCCAGGACUUUUACUCCUUCGCAUGCGGAGGCUGGCUAAGGCGUCACGCCAUCCCAGAAGACAAGCUCAGCUAUGGGAUCAUAACAGCCAUAGGAGAACACAAUGAAGAGAAACUGCAGCGCAUCCUUCUGGAGCCAAUUGAGAGGCGUGAGCCCGACUCAGCAGAGCGCAAGGUCAAGGAGUUUUAUCGAUCGUGUGUCAACAUCCAGGAGAUCGACAAGUUGGGCUCUACCCCCAUGAUCGAGGUGAUCGACAGCUGCGGAGGGUGGGAUCUGGCUGGGGCUCCUCCUGGUGCUGCUGGCUGGGAGAAAGAGGGUGCCCCACAAAGACCGGAUUUCAAUGAAAUGCUUUAUAGGACCCAGGGUGUGUACAGCACUGCUGUGUUCUUCUCUCUCACAGUCAAUGUGGAUGACAAAAACUCUUCUCAGAAUGCAAUCAGGAUUGAUCAGGAAGGACUCACACUGCCUGAGAGAAGCCUUUACUUGGGUCAGGAUGAAGAGAGUGUCAAGAUCUUAGCAGCAUACAAGGCCCUGAUGGAGCGCUUACUAAGCAUGCUGGGAGCUCACAAUGCUACACAAAAGUCCAGGGAGAUUAUACAGCUGGAGACUCGUCUAGCCAAUAUCACCGUGUCAGAAUAUGAUGACCAAAGAAAGGACGUCAGCACGAUAUAUAACCGAAUUACUCUAAGGCAGCUACAGCGCACCGCUCCUGGUCUUCACUGGAAACGCCUGCUGGAUAAAAUCUUCCAUGACAACUUCUCUGAAGAAAGGGAGAUAGUGGUGCUGGCUACGGAUUACAUCCAAAAAAUGUCCGACAUCAUCAAGACGACAUCAAAAAGGGUUCUCCAUAACUACAUGCUGUGGCGCAUCGUGGCAGCGCUAAGUGAACAUCUGUCAACCGCCUUCCGAAGCACCAUCCAUGAGUUUUCUCGGGAGAUUGAUGGCACCGAGCAGCAGCUGGAGCUGGGCAGACUGUGCCUCACGCAGGCCAACAAACACUUUGGCAUGGCCCUGGGAGCACUCUUCGUCCAGCAGCACUUCUCCUCGCAGAGCAAGGCCAAGGUGGAGGAGUUGGUAGAGGAUAUAAAACAUUCCCUGGACCUGCGACUGCAGGAGCUCGACUGGAUGGAUGACGCCACCAAGGAGGCAGCCAGAGCAAAGCUGAAGUACAUGAUGGUCAUGACAGGAUACCCAGACUUCCUGGUCAAACCGGAGGUCAUAGAUCGAGAGUAUGGGUUUGAUGUGGAUGAGAAAACCUACUUCAAGAACAUUCUCAACACCAUCAAAUUUAACAUUAAGCUGUCGGUCAAGAAGAUUCACGAAGAAGUGGACAAGACAGUGUGGAUUCUCCCCCCACAGGCCCUAAAUGCCUACUACCUUCCAAACAAGAACCAAAUGGUUUUCCCUGCUGGCAUCCUUCAGCCAACUUUGUACAACCCUGAAUUCCCGCAGUCUUUGAACUAUGGGGGAAUAGGAGCAAUCAUUGGCCACGAACUUACCCAUGGUUAUGAUGACUGGGGUGGACAGUAUGACCGUCACGGCAACCUCCAUCAGUGGUGGACAGAGGACAGUUACAGAAAGUUCCAGAAGAAGGCUGAAUGUAUUGUCAAGCUCUACGAUAACUUCACAGUUUACAAUCAGAGGGUCAAUGGUCGCUUGACACUGGGAGAGAACAUAGCAGACAUGGGAGGACUCAAGCUGUCAUACUCUGCAUAUCAGAAAUGGGUGAGAGAACAUGGCCCCGAGAGGCCCCUACCAGGCCUCAAAUAUACACAUGAACAACUGUUCUUCAUUGCCUUUGCACAGAACUGGUGUAUGAAAAGAAGAUCUCAGUCAAUCUACUUGCAAUUGUUAACAGAUAAACAUGCACCAGAACACUACAGAGUGAUUGGCAGCGUUUCCCAAUUCAAUGAGUUUUCCCGCGUUUUCCAUUGUCCGAAGGGUACCCCCAUGAACCCUGUUGACAAAUGUUCUGUGUGGUGACCUCACUGGAAGUGCUUCUGAUGGACUGUAAUUUGAAGCCCCCCUCCCCCCCUCCCAACACAUAUUAAGUACCACUAAUUUAACACAAGCAAUCUGACUGCAAAGAUUCCACUUGAGGAUAAAAGUUCAUUCAUCUUUUCACAUUCGUCAACACAAACGUAAUAAAUUAGUGAUGCUCGUCCUGUCAUCAGCAUAAGAAAGCAUUGUCUACUAACCAAGCUAAUCAAAUCGCUCACAUUACACAUAUCAUUUACUAUAUAUGUAUAUUGAUAUAUUUCUAUUUUUUUAUGUUUUUUCAAAUCAUCUAUUUUUGUAUUACACAAAAUGUAUGAGGGUCAAUUAUGUAUUUCAUACAUGACCUGGUUUGUUUUGUUUCCCUUUUUUUUAACGUUUAACCUUUUUUUGAGUAGUUUAUCCUUUGAUGCAUCAACUCAAACAUUAUCAGCAUACUACAAGAGGUCGACGUGUGAUUUCAGCGCAGAUUGGAGCAGAUUUCUUCAGCGUUGCUAAAUGUUGCCUCCCACUCAGUUCCAUACUGUAUUCAAGCUGGUUGUUGCACUCGUGGUUUAGAGGGCGAAGCUAACCGUCAUGCGUGUUGUAUCGUUUGCCUGCUUUGUUCUCGUUACAGUACGUGUACCUUUUUAAGGGCAGUCAAGUGUUUUUGUUUUUUUGUACGAGUUGUACAAGUAUUGCCAUUUUUUUCUCAGGAAAUAUUGCAGCAAGCCAGUACACAAAAAUCACUUAAUCACCAAAUGAAGCCACUGCCACUGGUAAAUAAAAGAUUCCCGAGUAGACUUUUAAAUUGGACAUUCCAGACAAGCUGUUUUAAUUACGUAUAUGAGACUUAGUAACCAAAAGAGAGGCAGUGCAUUCAAUCACUUUAUGGUCCAAUAAGAAAACAAAAAAAUACAGCACUGAAACAGUUUUCCGGUGGAUGACUCGUGUAUUUGUACAUCCAUCCAUUUUCUGAGCCGCUUAUCCUCACAAGGGUCCUGGGAGUCCUGGGAGCUUAUCCCAGCUAUCUUCAGGCAGGAACUGGUUGUGUAUUUGUACAGUGUUGUUUUCAAGAAAACGCCUUUGGAUAGCAAACGUGAUUCAGGUGUUGUUGUUGUACGCUUGAUUUGACGACAAGCAUGUUCCCUCCCUUUGAUGCCUAACACCACCAAGUUCAAAAAGACCUACGUGGAUCAUGACUGCAACUCCAAAUUCACACGUGACAGCUAUCGCUUCCUCCCUUAUGGUUGCUGUUCAGUGUUUGAAUAAAUACAAACAAAUUCUUGUGUGGUGUCAUGUGUGGCUUUGGGUCAUUAUCAGUGUGUUAUCAGUGGGUGUGCUCACGGCCUUCUCUAUCCCAACCACCGUGCAGAUGAUGGUGGACUUAUCUUUCUCGGGUACAACUUGAUGUACUUGGUGUAUCUCCUGAAUAUAUGCAUGUAUAUUCAUGAGCUCAAAUCUCAUAUGGGUUUUGACUGAAGCAGCAACAGUUGUAGUCAUUCAGGUGCUCACAAAAUGUUUCAAAUCCCCAAAAUAAACAAAUAGAUUUUUGUUUGAUGGUGUGCUGUGAGAUUUUGUAAAAAUGUAUGCUUUUUCUCAGUAAAGUCUACGAAACGGUACCUUACAGUAGAAGAUGGACAAAGAAGUUCUGA